AUGCUGCUGUGUAGUAAGAGUCCUCUUCUUUGGAGCAAUUGUUGCGGAAAUACAUUAGAAGAUGGGACCAGCUUAAACCACGCGCGUUUCAACGCCUUAUUAGCUUUCAUGCAGUUCUCAUCGACCAUAGUCAUCUCACCAAUAGUGAUAGGCCAAAAUCAGAAUUGUCAACUUCAGUUUAUAGCGUCCUUAAAGCUCGUUACCUCUCUGAUUUCGAGCGCAAUAGCGUUUCCCGUUGGCCGUCGAGAAUCACAAGAAAUAUUGGAGCGCUCUGAGGCUGCGCUGAUACCCAUCUGUCUUUUGGCAAUAUUUCUUGUAACGACAACAGGUAUUACGUUCGGUGCAACUACUUUGGCGAGUAAUUUGGCACACCAUAACCUCAAGUUCGGGGCCAUUACUGGGAUGUAUGGUACUACUACAACCACAGUCAUUCUGCUAAUAAUGAUAGAUUCAGCUCUGCAUCACUGGUAUCGAUCGCAUCCAGAGGAAGAUGAAGAUGCUUAUGAAACGAAUUCGGAAUUGGAUAGUGACGCGGACUCCCCAAUAUCAAUCCCCAACUUGGGAUAUGAAAGUUACCGGAUGUUAAACCGCGUGUUAAAUUUUCGAUCAAUAAAAUCAGGCUGUAUUGUAUGGGAAAUCUGUGCAACUUUGACGCAAGUCUAUAUUGAUUUGGUUGUCGGUUUGGCUGCAGAGAAUAUCGGUGCAAUCCCAAUCCCAAAGCUGGACGCAUGA